CGCAUUUGAUGGAUUGUGAUUGUUGAAAAUUAUUUAUUUCGUUUGUUGUUCUGGUGAACGAGUUUAUUUUGUAAAAUUUUUCGAGAAAUUCAAACUUUUAUUUCUUUAUUGAAUAAAAUUGUGUAUGCUGAGACAGGAAAAACAUUUUUUUUUAAAAUAAAAAAGUCGUAAAAAUUUAGUGUUUUGACUCGUGUGAAUACCUGUUUCAAGUGAUUAUUGUUAUUAUUGAAAGAGUGGAAGUGAUUUAAAGCAGUUUAUAAUUUGGAUACUUUAUUAGAUAUUCAUAUUCUGUGUCGCGAAAAAUGGCGAAAUUAAAUGAAUCCAUCGACAUGGAAGCUCCAGACUUCAAAGACUUUGCCAAGUCUAUGACUGAUUACAUAGCCGAUUAUUUGGAAAACAUAAGAGAUCGGCGUGUACUACCAACCGUUCAACCGGGAUAUCUGAAACCGCUUAUCCCCGAAGAAGCUCCAGUGAAACCAGACCAAUGGAAAGAUGUUAUGGCCGAUAUUGAACGAGUCAUUAUGCCAGGUGUAACCCACUGGCACAGUCCCAAAUUCCAUGCCUACUUUCCAACAGCCAAUUCAUAUCCAGCGAUUGUCGCUGAUAUGUUGAGCGGAGCGAUCGCCUGCAUCGGCUUCACUUGGAUUGCCAGUCCGGCGUGUACAGAACUUGAAGUGGAAAUGUUAAAUUGGUUGGGAAAAAUGAUUGAUUUGCCGAAAGAAUUUCUAGCGUCGUCCGGAGGGAAAGCUGGCGGAGUCAUUCAGGGUACGGCAAGUGAGGCUACACUUGUUGCGCUCUUAGGUGCCAAGGCACGAACAAUGCAAAGAGUCAAGGCCGAGCAUCCAGAGUGGGACGAAUCGACAAUUCGAUCUAAAUUGGUUGGCUAUUGUUCCGCUCAAGCUCAUUCGUCCGUUGAACGGGCUGGCUUACUAGGUGGGGUACAACUGCGUCUAAUCAAGGCUGAUUCAGAAAAUCGUCUUAGGGGUGAUGCUGUAGAAGCAGCGAUCAAAGAAGACAUUGCAGCUGGAAAUAUCCCAUUUUACGUCGUUGCUACCCUUGGCACAACCAAUUCUUGUGCAUUCGACUAUCUGGAUGAGAUUGGCCCAGUUGGAAACAAAUACAAUGUUUGGGUCCACGUUGAUGCUGCCUACGCAGGCUCUGCAUUCAUUUGCCCUGAGUACAGACACUACAUGAAGGGAAUCGAAACCGCCGAUUCGUUCAACUUCAAUCCUCACAAAUGGAUGCUGGUGAAUUUCGAUUGUAGCGCUAUGUGGUUGAAGGAACCCGAGUGGGUCGUGAAUGCUUUCAACGUGGAUCCACUGUAUCUAAAACACGAUCAGCAAGGUGCUGCACCAGACUAUCGCCAUUGGCAAAUUCCAUUGGGACGACGAUUCCGGGCGCUGAAACUUUGGUUUGUUUUGCGUUUGUAUGGCGUUGAGAAUCUUCAAGCUCACAUCCGUCGGCACUGCGGAUUCGCUACUCAAUUCGAGGAGCUGUGUCGCAAGGACGAUCGAUUCGAAAUCGUUGGAAAGGUGCAAAUGGGUCUGGUUUGCUUCCGAUUGAAGGGGGCAAACGAUUUGAACGAGAAAUUGUUGAAACGCAUCAACGGACGUGGUAAAAUUCACAUGGUUCCAUCGAAAAUCAACGAUGUGUACUUCUUAAGAAUGGCCGUCUGUUCAAGAUUCACCACUUCUGAAGAUAUGGAAUACUCGUGGAAUGAAGUCAGCGCUGCCGCUGAUGAAGAACUAUUGGCUAACGGAAAUUAAUUUCUGUAAUUGGAAAUGCUGUACAAAGAUGGAAAAUUAGACAAUAUUGUUAAACGAAAAUGUGAUGUAUGUCGAUACCACAAUAUGAAUGUUAUUCUCACGUAAAAUUCUAGAUUUUUAUGUAAAUUUGUAGGUUCGUUCAACGACGAGUGUUCACUGUUGUUGUUAAUAAUGCUUCCACAGAAUUUAUCAUUGUUAUCCUCUCCACUCAAUUACCAGUUAAUUUAUGCUUCAUGUGCUUGAGGUACCUAAAUUGCAACCUAUACAUCCUCUCUAUGGAACUAAUUUAUUUUAUUUUUUUUAUUUUUUAAAUUUAUGCUUUUUCUGAAAUGUUUUUUUUCCCUUUUUCAGCCUCAUAAAUAAAUAAAUAAAAAAUAUUUAAGGAAAA